AUGACAAAGCUCGAGGAGAUGAUGACGCUUCAGAUUCACAUUGUCAACCAUUUAUUUGGCUAUUGCACCAAAGCCAUUGCCAAAGAGAGGGAGACAGAGUCUGGAGUUGCUCCUUUAAAUGGUGUUGCUACCGCAGAACAAUCUACUGUUCCAGCGACUGACGUUGAAGCUGAAGCCGAAGUUGAUAUCGCUGAUGAAAACCCAACUUUUUGUGAAGCUCUUGUAGUUGAGGAUGUUGAUGUCGUCCGAGCUGGCGCUGAAGCUCGUGACGAUGAUCUUCCAAUCACCUCUGCAACUAAUGUUGGUGAUAUGGAAGAUGAUGAUGAAGAUGAAGAAGACGGUGAAUAUUCCAACCUUCAUGACGCUGUUGAAGAUGUGUAUGAUGAUGAUGAAGACGACAAUGAUGACGACUUCACCAUUCAAUAA